AUGACUCAGGCUGCAUGGGGGUGUGGAGUAAGUUGUAAAGGGACAUCUCCCACACAAGAGGAUGUUGGGGGUCCACGGGGCUGUGACCCCCUCCACUCCUCCCCACCUUCCAUUCCAGGCACCCCCACAGACAUAGGUUUUGCCGGUGCUGCCGCUCCCCCCGGGUGGAUUCCCCCCACACCUGCCGGGUUGGCGGUGCCGCGCUGGGACGGGCCGGGCCGGGCGCCGCCCGCGCUCCCGCCGCGCCGGUUCCGCGCCAAUUUCCAGCGAGCGGGGAGGCGGCGGCGGCGGCCUUGCCGGGAUCAGGCGGGGCGGGGGGCACCGCCACCCUCCUGCGCUCCCCCUCCCGCGGGGCCGAUCCAGCACCCACCCGCUCCUGAAGGGGCUGAGGGGACGCGUGAGGGGACAGGGCCACCGCCCCGCCCCCCCCGCGCUCCCGCCUGGCUGCGAGCGCGGCUCCCUCCAAAACCUGAGGGGGAAGGAAGGGGCUGCCGGGACGGCGCCUCACACGCGGGACACCCACCCCCUGCCAGGACACCCCUCACAGGGACCCUCCGAGGCGGGGACCGGGGCUGUGAGGGGGUGUCCCCACGGGCACCCCACUCCGAGGGCCGGGGCGGGGGAGCGGGGACCGGCAGGGUGCAGCGCGGGCGCGCGGUCAGGGUCAGCCCGCCAAGCGGCUCGGCCGGCAUCCCCGCCCCCAGCGCGCCCGGCUCCCUCCAAAAUCGGGCAGCCCGCCCCCCGCGGGGCUCUCCGAUGAAGUGCGGGGGACAGCCGAUGGCGGGAUCACCCCGGCACCCUGCGCUGCUCCCACCGGGUGCACCCGCCCGGGCCAUCGCCGCUCACGGCUCCCUGCGGAUGGGGCCGCUCGUGGGGACAUCCUCCCCUGGCCCGCCCUCCUCAGCCCCUCUCCCUCCAAAACGCUGCCCGGGCGGGCGGGCAGGCAGUCCGCUUUACCGCUCCCGGUCACUGCUCCCGCCUCACCGCUCCCGCCUCAUCGAUCCCAGUCACUGCCCCGCGCCGCCGCCAGUGCGCCCCUGA